UGCCAACGCCUUUGAAAAAACAGCCGAAAGGCUUCCAGGGUCGAGAGAAUUAAGGGAAAAAGACCGGUUGGGGAUGAAAGAGAGAUGAAAGAGAAAAAGGAUGAGGAAGAAGUUAGACCAAAAGAGGACAAGGAAGUGAAAAUUGAGGAGGCAGAAAAGAGAAAAGUGGAAUGUGGAGGUUAAUCCCAGCUAAGAAAGGAGGUGAAGGAAGGGCAGAUGGGUAAGGAAGAGAUAGCUCAAAUAGAGAAGAAGAAGAAAGGAUGGAGGGAUUACAUGAUCAGAAUGCUGCAAGAUGAUGACCUGCCAGUGAAUUCCUCUUGGGACGUCAGAUUUGAAAGAGUGUUUCUUUCAGAGCUGGUGGUGAGCACCAAACAUUCCUCCAACUUGCAGAAAAUGAUGGGGCUGCACGAGAUGCUGGACGAGAAGUGCACCAGGCUUUUUGAAGAGUAUGCUGAGGUUGCAAGGAAAUUGAGAAAGAUGGAAGGAGGGGAUGAAAUGAGAGAGAUUGAAGAAGAUUUGGAUGUAGUGGGAAGAGGGUUUCAGGCUGAGCUUAAGGGAAGCACUGAGCUCUUCCCCCAAGGGUUCCUGAACUACAUCCCAGGGUUCUUAAAGGAGAUAAGCAGGCUAAGAAAAAAGGAGGAAGAUAGGGAUGUCCAGGUGACCAAGUUAACAGAGAGUUUGGAAGGGAUGAGGAAGGAAGUGGAGGAGUUGAAAAGGGGGAAAGAGGAACCGCAGAAGCAAGUAAAUACUUUGGAGACUUCCCUGACCCUUAAAAGCAAGGAAUUGGAGGAUGAAGUGGCUGAGAGGGAGAAGGUGGAAAAAAAGGUGGAAGAUUUGUGCUAUGAGGUCAGCGUGCAGGGACUAGACCUGGAUGAUGAGAUUAAGGAAAGAGAAAAGAUGGGUCAAGUAUGGGAGAAAAGAUGGGAGGAGAUACUGAGAGAGUUAGAAGAGCUCAAGUCGAGCCACCAAGAGGAAGGGAAAGAAACCGCGAAAGUGGUGGAAUGACAGAAAGAAGGUGGAUUUGAAAUCAGAUUGCUUGAAGGGGGAAAGGGGACCCCUUAGUCAAAGAAAGGAGGAGGUAGGAUGAAUGAGCAGACUGAGGUUUGAAAGGAAGGACCACGAGGAGAAACAAGUGUCGAGGGACCACCUACCUCAGAGGAAGAUAAAAAUGAAAGGCUGGGUGUGCCUCAGCGGAGGGGCAUCAAGAGGAGUAAACAGUCUGGCAUGGA